CCCCCCCCCCCCCCAGCACAGCCUACCACAGCUACAGUCUACUCUCUCUCCAUCCCAUCUUCACGCCGCUUGUUCACUCUAACCCAUCCUCUCUCUCUCUCUCUCUCUCUCUCUCUCUCUCUCGCGCUCUCUCGCUCAGUAGCGGCGCACGCAGCCGCGGUUCAGUAUACCGACUGUCUGCCUCUCUCCUCCUCUCUCCCCUCUCUCUUUCUCACACACACAUUCACACACAUCCACUCUGAGCUCCCUCCCGCACACAGACGCUCGCGCUCCUCCUGCUGGUCACAAGCUCUCCAGCACCGCCAGAGAACACACAGCAGAGCCUCCAGAGACCAGGGAACACGCCAGCGACAGACCGCAGCACCAGAGCCGAGACCCUCGAUAAGACGGAGCCAAGCAGUGCGUCGGCUCGGCCACAGGGAAGAUGAGUGUGAGGAUGAGGAUGGGUCCGGGGUCUCCCCUGGCGUCCCCUCGCUGCUGCUGCUCCUGGUGCUUCACAACGCGGCGCGCGGAGGGGCCAUGCCCUCCGCCUUCCAGCUGGCCCCCGACACGCCGGCUCCGGCAGAGCCAACCCCCACGCAGGCCAACCCACGCCUGGACCCCUGCGAGGGCCGGCCCUGCCUGAACGGGGGCUUCUGCCUGGCCCUGCACACGGAGGGCCGGCCGGAGGGGACCUGGGAGUACAGCUGCACCUGCACGCCCGACUUCACCGGACGCAACUGUGAGUUCUUCACAGACCCCUGUGCCAGCAGCCCUUGUCUCCAUGGAAACUGCAGCCGCGGCGACGGAGAGUUAGAAGGGGAGACAGCUUACACCUGCGAGUGCACCGAGGGCUACGAGGGGGAGAGGUGUGAUCAAAGCUUACCCGACCCAUCCACUGCCAACUGGGACCCGGCCACUCCGUCUGCCCCUGAGCUGGCUACACCAAUCACCUCCACCGCCUCGGCCGCCACUCAACCGCAACAGCCAACCAGCUCCCCCUCAACCUCAGCUCCAGCCCAGCCCACCCUGCAACCAUGGCAACCGAAGGCCGGGCAAAGGCUGCUUGUAGUGCUGUGGGAGGCAGAGAGGGUGACCGAGGGUCUGCACUGUGUGAGCCCGGAGCUGUGUGAGCUUACGUCCGGGACCCUGACUCUGUCCGUAGAGGUGCCUGAGGAGACUGCUGUCAAGGUGCUGGUGAACGCCAGUGGGGCUCCGGUGCUCUGGCGUGUGGGGGAGGAGGGCUUCCUCCGCUCCUCCCUGCUGGAGGGCACCAUGAUGUGGUUCCAGGAGGCCGUGGAUGGGCUGGUGGUACCAGAACACUCCCUGCCCCUGGGACAAAACUACUUCCUGAGCAUACUGCGUGUGGGCUCCCCCACUGCCCCGGAGGUGACACUGCGUCUCAACCUGACGGUGAAGGCCAGCAGCUGCGUGGAGCCAGGCAGCCGCUUCAGUGACCCACAAUGCUCUGGGAAAGGAAAGUGCAUCACGCAGCCUUCUGCGAGCACGUUCUUCUGCGAGUGUGAGGAUGGAUACACAGGCAUCUUCUGUGAGGAGUUUGACGCCUGCCACCACCGCCCGUGCCGCAACAACGCCACCUGCUCCGACGUCAGGCAGGGAGACCAGGGGCGCAACUUCACAUGCGCCUGCCCCGCAGGUUAUGAGGGGGAGAGGUGCCAGUUUCUGGUGGACCACUGCCUGUCCCAGCCCUGCAAGAACGGAGCCACCUGCUUCAGCAGCCAGGCAGGACCCAGGUGCUACUGCUCUGAAGGCUACCAGGGGGCUAUGUGUGACCAGAAGGCGGACCCCUGUGCCUCCGGCCCCUGCCACAACAACGGGACCUGCUACGCCCAGGGCCCUGCAGGCUUCAGCUGCAGCUGCCCGGCCGGCUUCACGGGGCCCACCUGCUCCCAGCUGGUGGACUUCUGCGCCCUGAACCCCUGCGCCCACGGGAUCUGCCGCAGCGUGGGGAACAGCUACCGCUGCCUCUGUGUCCCGGGCUACCAUGGCCUGUACUGUGAGGAGGAGUACAAUGAGUGUCUGUCCGCCCCCUGCCAGAACUACGCCACAUGCAAGGACCUCAUCAACGCUUAUGAGUGUGUGUGCACACCGCAAUUUCAAGGAAGACACUGUGAGAUUUACAAAGACCCCUGCCUGAAGAUGCACUGCGUGAACGGAGGAAGCUGUGAGAGCACAGGCCUCAACACAUCGUGUGUGUGCCCACCAGGAUUCACAGGGGAGAGCUGCGAGGUGGAUGUCAACGAGUGUGACAGCGACCCUUGUCACCACGGCGGCACCUGCAUCGACCAAUCAAACAGCUUCACCUGCCACUGCCCCCCCGGCUGGGUGGGACCCUGCUGUGAGAUCCACCUGCAGUGGAAGCCGGCGCACCCCGACGACAACCUGACCACCAUGCCGCGCCACUCGCUGUACAUCAUCAUCGGCGCCCUGUGUGUGGCCUUCGUCCUCAUGCUCAUCAUCCUCAUCGUGGGCAUCUGCCGCAUCAGCCGCAUCGAGUACCAGGGCUCGUCCCGCCACGCCUACCAGGAAUUCUACAACUGCCGCAGCAUCGACAGCGAGUUCAGCAACGCCAUCGCGUCCAUCCGUCACGCCAGGUUCGGCAAGAAGUCAAGGCCUGCGAUGUACGACGCCACUCCUAUCACAUACGAAGACUACAGCCCUGAUGACAAGCCCCUGGUCACCCUCAUCAAAACGAAAGAUUUGUAAAACAAUACAGGGGAGCUCACAACCAGAUCCCAUCUACAGUAUAUCCACAAAAAUACAGAAUACACACGUACAACCAAAAAGAAUGUACUCAAGUAUUUCUUUAGAAGAAAAAAUUAUAAUAAAGCAGCAGAACAAAAUUGAAUGUAAAGCGGAGAAGAAAUAGAGUAAAAUAAAAAUAAAAAACACAAAAGUGUAGUAAAGUAGUAGAAAAUAUGGAAUUUGAUACGUAUAUUUUCAAAGUCCAUAAUAAGGCUAUGUUGUAGCAUCAAAGUAUUCUUUGCAUUUCAUUUAGUUUGGUCGGUUAUGGCAGUCAUGCCGUCCACUUUGUUUAGGGUCUCAGCUGUGCAAUAGGAGAGCGCCUGUAAUCCUCCCCCCCCCCCCGGACCCUGUCUCCAGACGUAGGGCCCAGCCAAACACCAAAAACACACCAUUUCCAAUUAUCGACUCAACAGGGGAUGUUGCAAGCUGUCAUGGCAGGUGUUGUUAGAAGUAGACACACUUCUCGUAGUGCAAACACUGUAUGUCUUACUCUAUUUAAAAAGAUGAGCAGUAGGCCGCCAUACUCAGUGCAUGGGUAUAGAUUUGAUGUUUUAUCUAAGUUCUUUUUCCGAGAACUCUCUUCUGGUAUUUUUCCGUUGUGGUCGUAUAUCUGUGUGUCACAUUUGUGCCACCUUUUUUUUUAAAUUAUAUUCUCUUGGGCAACUUGUGGUUGGUAGAUCAAACUUAAAAAUAUGUAACAAAGCAACCGUCCAGUAAAUGCUGAUGUGAACAUGCGUUUUUCUUUUCUUUCUUAGUAGUUACUGUUUGCACCAUUGACUGCACUAUACUAAAGGUCCUGUACAAGUAAAGUGUAAACGGUGUUGAAUAGUUUGUUCAAGUGGGUCCGACUGCAGGGGGACGGUUGGUCUGUCGGGAGCUGGACUCAAGGGGGGGCUGUUGAGCAGCGGGUUGGGGGGAUACACGAAACAACGGGUUAAAGAGCAACCACACACUUUAGAUAACAUUUGAGUUUUCUGGGUUUGCUGUUUCUGAUACUUUGGCGUUCUCUCAUGAAUGAAUAGCGAGAAAUCAGUAGAUACUAAAAAAAAUGCAAUGCUGGGUAAGUCAUAAGAAUAGAAUUACAGAACAAUCCUUUGUUUUAUUAGUAUAGCACUUUACCAGGUGCUGAAAGAUACACCAAUUUGAAUACUUUUCACAAAACUAAAUAAAUGAACAUACCCGUAAAAACAACAGGAUUUGAACGAACCAAAUAGCAACAGAAGCUCCAUUCACACCAUCGAGUUGAACCUUCAGAUUAGAGAAUAGCUCCCAAACAGAACAGUUGAUAACAAGGGGAUGUGGAUAUAGAACUUGAGAGAACGGGAGGGUGGUGACGACGGUGGGGGUUAAGACAACGUAGCAGGCGAUGGCUCGACGACUCGGUGUGUGUGUGUGUGUGUGUGUGUGUGUGUGUGUGUGUGUGUGUGUGUGUGUGUGUGUGUGUGUGUGUGUUGCCCUGCAGUUGGACGACUUUGUCUGUGCCCCUUUACCGUCGCAUUCAAGGCCGAGCCAAGUGAUGGAUGUGUCAGUAGGGCCUGUGAGACGUCACAUCUCUCUUCUCUUUUACUUUGUUAUUUCCGAGACAGAAACCACAUGUCUACCUAUUAUCUAUGUUGAAUGAUGUAAUAAAGUUCCAACUUAACACAACCUA